AUGGUUCGUGAAGGCCCCUUUCAACACCGUCAGAUAUGUAGCGAGGUCCACAUCCACGAGAUCCACCCUAGCGAGAUCGUCGAAAGGCCGUACGCCUUGGGGAUAAAGAGAAGAGGGGAGUUUGAAGGUUGGCUUGGUUUUGCGGUUGGCUUUGCCGAGACACUAAUUGCCAAGGUAUUUGAUGCUCAAAUGGAAGCGAACUUGUGUACGGCUGAUAGUAAUUGCGUCUGGGAGAUGAGUUUUGUUGCCGCGGCGAUGCUUGCUAUGCGGAUCGCCGGCCAAAAGGGUGUCGUGGAGGUUGCGGACUGGGGGAACCGGUGGAGGGAUUCAGAGAAGUACGCGAUGAUGGACACCGUGGUGACUGUUGCAGCUGUUGCAGCUGCGCCUGUGGUGAUCGCUGGUGAAGCUCCGGUUCGAAUUCCCAAGAUACUGGCCCUGCUUGUUCCGCUGCACGCCUGCACGCCUGUGCCCAAACUUGUUGAGUGA